AUGUUCCUUCAGGAGAGAAUCCUCAUAGAUUUAGCAAGUCGUGGUGGCUCGGUGGUUGACCACGAUCCGGCAUGGUGGAACGGACCGUCGUGGUUGUCCAAUCCUAAAAUGUGGCCCACAAAUCCUGUUACGGAACCAAGACCAGAGUCGGCAGCAGAGAGCAAACAAAUUCGUGAAGUGAUUGCAAACGUGACGGUGAGUGAAAGGGAUGAAUUUGAUGAUCUACUCGAGCGAGGCAGCCUGAAGAAGUUAAGAGUUUGUGCGCGGAUGAAGAGAUUUCUAGACAAAUGUCGUGGUACUCCAGUUGCUAGUGGUCCUCUUAGGUCAGUUGAGCUAGAAUCGCAGAUGGAGUGUACGUGA